AGUCCUCAGCACAACAAACAUAUGACGUGUUAGCAUUAGCACAUGACGCUAGCAUGUUAGCAUAGCAGCGCCAUACAAGGGGCGGCACUGUUUGUGAGUCAGGACAGAUAAAAGCGUGCAAGACGGAGAGAUAAAGACAGAACUUCAACGAGGACGUGGAGCAUCGUCUCCUGUGCAAAUAAACCAGAAAUGCAGUCCGUGGUGAAGCACAACUUUCAUGUGGAGUCGGAGGCAGACGUCAACAAACUGAUCAACUUGAAACUCACGGCAUCCUACACGUAUCUGGCUCUUGGGAUGUAUUUUGACAGGGAUGAUGUAGCACUGCCAAAAUUCUCCAGCUUUUUCCUUGCACAAUCCGUAAAGGAAAGGGACCAGGCUGAGAAACUGCUGGAAUAUCAGAACAUGAGAGGAGGACGCAUUUUACUUCAGACCAUAGCUAAACCAGCUCGAGAGGACUGGAGAGGUGGACUGGAUGCAGUGUCCUUCUCUUUGGAUUAUCAGAAAUCACUCAACACCUGCAUUCUGGACAUCCACCGCCGAGCUGGCAACAAUGGUGAUCCUCAUCUGUGUGAUUUUCUGGAAGAACAUUUUCUUCAAAACAGCCAUGAAACCAUCAAGAAGCUUGGUGACUAUGCGGGCAGUCUGGGCCGUAUAGCCACAAAUGAAACUUCUGGUGCAAUGGGAGAAUACCUUUUUGAUAAACACACUCUUUAAGGCAAUGUAGCAACACGUUCUCCCACAAAUCUCAAAAAGCUAAUUACAAAUACCUCAUUUUUACAGUAGUAACAACUGUUUUGCAAGAAGCUACUCAUUUCUAAAGGUACAAUAUGCUUUCUUUGCUGCUGGGUUGAAAUUAGACUGUGCGAUGUUAACAUUCCGUUAUGUUGGAAAAUUGCAAAUCAUCUUUAUUCAAACACCAAAGCUGAUUUGGAUAAUUUGGGACAAAAUAAAACUUUAACUAAGAUAA